AUAAAGGUCAGCAGGUGGAAGUAUACCUGCUGGAUACCAGCAUCCAGAGUGGACAUCGGGAGAUCGAGGGGAAGGUCACCGUCACUGACUUUGAGAAUGUUCCAGAGGAGGAUGGCACACGCUUCCACAGACAGGCCAGUAAAUGUGACAGUCAUGGAACCCACCUGGCUGGAGUGGUGAGUGGCAGGGAUGCUGGUGUUGCCAAAGGCGCCAGCGUCCGGAGCCUCCGGGUCCUGAACUGUCAAGGCAAGGGAACCGUCAGUGGCACGCUCAUCGGCCUGGAGUUCAUCCGAACCACCCAGAUAGCCCAGCCCUACAGUCCCCUGGUAGUCCUGCUUCCCUUUGCUGGGGGAUACAGCCACAUCCUGAAUGCUGCCUGUCGGCUAAUGGUGCGCACGGGGGUGGUGAUGAUUGCGGCCGCCGGCAACUACAAAGAUGAUGCUUGCCUGUACUCACCAGCUUCUGAACCAGAGGUCAUCACUGUGGGGGCCACAAACUCACAUGACCAGCCAAUCACUAUGGGAACCCUGGGGACCAACUUUGGCCGCUGCGUGGACCUCUUUGCCCCUGGGGAAGACAUCAUAGGCGCUUCCAGCGACUGCAGCACCUGUUUUACCUCUCAGAGUGGAACAUCUCAGGCCGCUGCCCAUGUUGUGGGCAUCGCCGCCAUGCUCCUCAGUGCCGAUCCCAGCCUGACCAUCUCAGAACUGAGGCAGCGACUGAUACGUUUCUCCAUCAAGAAUGCCAUCAAUGAGGCCUGGUUUCCUGAAGACCAGAGGCUGCUGACCCCCAAUCUGGUGGCCGGGCUGCCAUCCAGCCUCGGGGCAGAGGAGCAGCUGUACUGCCGGACAGUGUGGUCCUCAAACUCGGGCCCGACUCGGACGGCUGUUGCCGUGGCUCGCUGCAGCGGCAAUGAGGAGAUGCUGAGUUGCUCCAGUUUCUCCAAAAGCGGGAAGAGGAGAGGAGAGCGGAUGCAGGUCCGGGAGGGAAGGAAAGAAUGCCUGGCCUACAAUGCGUUUGGGGGACAGGGAGUGUACGCCAUCGCCAGGUGCUGUGUGCUCCCCAGAGCCCAAUGUGACGUCCAGGCAGCUCACCAAGGGGAGGGUGCUGGAGAGGUCCAUGCCCGCUGUGAUGAGGAGAGCCACGUAGUCACAGGCUGCACCGCCCAUUCCCAGAGGGAGGAGUUUGGGGACCAGGUGAAGCCCAUCAUGAAAAGCCAGCAUGGCCACAGCCAGUGUGUGAGCCGGGGGGAGAUGAGCCUUCAUGCCUCCUGCUGCCAUGCCCCGGACCUGGAGUGCAGGGUGAAGGAGCACGAACCUAAGGGCCCCGAGGAGAAGGUGACGGUGGCCUGUGAAGAAGGCUGGACGCUGACUGGGUGCAGUGCCUACUCCCCUGGCCCAAACACGCUGGGUGCCUACCCCGUAGACAACACCUGCCUGGUUCAGAGCCACGCCGGCAGCAGAGGAGGCCACCCGGUGGCCGCCAUAGUCAUCUGUUGCAAGAAUAGACGGCUGCCCAGGGACCAGCAGAAUUCCCAGUGACAGCUUCCUGGCAGGAUUUGUGACAGAGGGGAGGGAAGAAGGAUCUUCUGUGUGUUGGGCCUUGGCCACAGGAUGUCACUGGGACCCUUUUCCACUUCUGGAUUUCCACUCGAUUCCUCUGCCCUCCUCUGAUCAGUGCCUUGGUACUGGCCAUCACUCAGUUGGGCUUGGGCUCUGGCUUCCUGGGACCCUCCUCAAAGGAGGGGCAUCCCCCCCACCCCAGGAGGGCUCAUAGGAUGAGCAGGCAGUCUUGUGUGAAGUCCUAGGUUCUGGUGAUUCAAGGGGGGCUGGGAAGACCCUGGUGCCUGCCCCAUAUUCUCUCCUCCUGCCCAUUCCCUCACUAGUGACUUGUUUUUUGGGGCAUAAGAAACUAUGUUUGCAUACUGCCCUCUUCUUAAAAUGGAAAUCUCUCAGAGCUGGUAGGGACUCGUGAAACCCCUCACAUGGACCAGCCUCAGCGAGCUGCCUAUAAAUCUCUUCCUCUCAGAACACAAGCCAAAAGGAGAAGUGCUAGACCAUAAAGGGGAGAUAACAGAAACUUACUUCAUCUAGGAAUCAUAGAGUGUCAGAGGUGGGAGAGGCCUUAGAACAGAGAAUGUCAGAACUGGGAGGGAACCCUAGAACAGGGAAUGUCAG